UCAUAAGCGCAGCUACUUCUCGUCUUCUACACUCCUGCUUCUUCUUACACUCUUCUUCUUCACUUAUCGUCUGUUUCAUCUUUGUACUUGUAAUUUUUCGAUUUCAUCUUUGAUUGCCUAAUUUGAAGUUGCAUCGAGAGCUAAUGCUAGCUAUAUAAGAGCUGGUCUAUGGAUCUCAUUAAAAAUGUUUGAUGCUUUUUGGGAUUGUUUAGCAAUAGUGAGUAAAUGAAUAUCAAUUUUUAUACUUUCGAUUAUUUUUUGUCUCAAAACAUUGAUAUUUAUUCCCUCUUUUAUGCAUCGUUUUCUCGGUUUUUUGCGAGUUUUCUUCUUAAUCUCUUGCUUCUCGCCGUCUCUUUUUGGGUGAAGAUCUAUGAUCACUUCAUUCCACUCUGUUUUCAUUAUUAAAUUUAAGGUAUGCCAAAGGUAUUAAAGAAAUAUCACAGUAUGCUCUUAGUUGGUGCUCUUCUAAUAAACUAUCAGAACAGAAUUGUUUUUUUAGAGAAUUUGAGAGAAAGAAAUAGUGUGUGAAAUACGUGCUCUUCGGACUGAGUUAUUUAUUUUCUUAGAGAAAUUGAGAUAAACAAAAAGUAUGUGAAAUAAUUGAUCAUGUCACACGUUUUUUUAAAUAUAACUGUCAAAUUUGGCGCAAAAAAUAACUGCUCAAAACUAGUGUUUCAUAUAUAUAUAUAGAUAUAGAUAUAGAUAGAUUGUUUGGUUAGAUGGACUCAGUCUACGACUUGAUUUCGGGAUAAUGCCAAGUACGAUCAUAAUUUAUGAGUUUUGGCCUGACAAAAUUUAUAUUGUAUAAUUUUGACCCACUUAAUCUUGACUAAUCUUGGGACAAUAUAAUCUUAAGGCUUGUUUGAUUUUCUUUAUAGGUUAAGCCCAUUUAGUAUAACCCAAGGAAACAUUAAGGCCGGUUGGCCUGUUAAGGGUUUCUUAAUACUUGUUUGAAAUACAUUGUAAGAUCCAACAUAUCAUGGACGGCGUGUUUGAUUUUACAUAUUCAGACCAUUUUAUAGCAUGUAAAAUGACUAUAAUAACCCCCAAGUUUUUUGUUAAUUCCACACACGUCCUUGAAUCUCUCCCGCCGCUGCGUGAUUUUAGGACGGAAAAAAAGGUUGGACUCUAUAUAAUAUCUAUUCACCAGCGACGAUUGGCAUCCAUUAUCAGUCUUUUGCUCAUAGCUGUGUGCGAAAAUGAAUUCGGCACAACAGGGUUCGCCAAUCAUAUUAUUAACCUCUGCCAAUCGAUGUGUUUUAUCUCAUAGUUUUUAUAUGUAUAUUAUGUUACAAGAAGCCAUCUGAAUAUAUGACGAUGUAACUUAUGUGAAAUAUGUGUACUUGCUGGAAUCUGCGUUGUUAUCUUGUUGGUUAAACCGUGAAAUCGAUGGGUCAUUGUGGAAUUUGAUUAUGUUGUAUACCUUUCAAAUGAACUUGCUGUUUUGGGAUGAUUGAAUGUAUCCCUCUAUUGUCGUUUCUUUGUGAAACAGGGAGCAGCGAGGCAUGCUGUACCUGUGGGAACAAAAACGAUAAGACUCACCGGAGUUGGACCGUCAAAGAGAAGGAGACCCUCAUUAGCGCGUUGAAGGAAUUGGUUGCUCAAGGCUGGAAGUCUGAUAAUGGCUUCAGAGGGGGUUAUUUGAAUAAGCUAGAGGAUGCGAUGAAGGGUGCAUUCUCGGGAACGGACUUGAAAGGCGUUCCACACAUCAAUUCAAAGAUAUGCACCUGGAAGAAAAACUACAACAACCUUUUGUUAAUCCUAAAAUUCAGCGGGACUGGGUUCAACGUGCAUGGGGACCACAUGGUUGAUGUUACUAACGAACAGUUGGAGCAAAUCACGAAGCGUGACUCGAAUGCAAAGAAUAUGAGGUACAAGUCAUGGUCUAUGCUUGAGACACGGAAGGAGGUGUUCGGCAAAGACCGUGCAACAAGUGAUAACGUCGAGGAUCUGAUGGACGUUGUUACCAAUAUGUAUCACUGCGACACAACGCGUCAGAACAUUCCUGAUGGGGAUUACCACGUUAACCUUGAAGACGUGAUGGAAAACGAGGUUAUCGAGGAGAGUGCUAGUCAAUGCAAAAGGAGUGAAGCAACUACAACCAAUGCCAAGAAGAAGCGUAAGCAAAGGGAUGAGUUAGAGAACGUGUAUGGGCUCUUAGGGGAGAUCAGCAGGAACGCUAUUGAAAGGAUGAAGGAAUUGACCACUCAUGUUGGGUACGAAUUUGAUAUAGGGCAGGCAAGGAAGACGGUUUUUGAGCAUGUCAGUCUCAUCCCGGGACUAACUCUAGAAGAAAUAUUUGACGUGACCGAGCUCCUUGCUUACAAGGUGGAGCGAUUGGAGAUUUUCAUGGGUCUGUCUCCCGAAGCUCGCAUAGCAUAUGCGAUGCGCCUCUUGCAAGGGAAGAAUAAGUGAAAAUGUGCCAAGUUACCCAUGUUUGUGUAUGGACCAUUCUAUUUUAUAUAUAACUUCGAUGGGUGAUGUCGUUGCUAUGGGGUCUAGAUGAUGAAUAUAUAUAAUGUUAUUAGCUGGUAUGCUGGGUAUUGUCCAUAUAGCUUUUGGUUUGUAGAAUUUGGCAUUACAAACUGUUGAUGUUUGUUCAUGGUGUACUCUGUACAUGAUGUAUAUAAUAUAUUAAUAUGUUUUCCUAGUUCUUAAA